AUGACUGAUAAACUCUUCAGGCUUGAAUGCGGCUUCCAAAACUAUGACUGGGGAAAACUAGGUCAAGAAUCUGCUGUUGCUCAGUUCAUCUCAAACUCAAAUCCGGAAAUUGAAAUCUCUUCAACCACUCCCUACGCCGAGCUAUGGAUGGGCACUCAUCCAACAAAACCAUCCUUCAACUACAACACCUCAAACAAGCUAAUCGACAUCAUAAGCUCAGACCCUGAAAGAUAUCUAGGCUCUCAUAUAGCCAAAAGCUUUAAUAACGACCUACCUUUUUUGUUCAAAGUUCUUUCAAUCGAAAAGGUCCUCUCAAUCCAAGCCCAUCCCGACAAAAACCUAGCUAAAUUACUCAACCAAAAUGACCCCAAGAACUAUCCCGACAACAACCAUAAACCUGAGAUGGCCAUCGCUUUGACUAAAUUCGAAGGCUUUUGUGGGUUCAAACCAUUGACCGAAAUCCAUUACUACAUCUCAAACAUCCCCGAAUUGUUGAAUUUAAUAGGCGGCUCGGAAUCUUUAAACUACUUUAACCAAAACAUCCAAUUCAACAGCAACUCUCCAAUUAACAAAAAAAUCUUGAAACUCUUAUUCAGUAACUUGAUGAACUCAAACCAAAACGACAUCUCUCUCAAUUCAACAAACCUAAUCAAAAGAGUCCAAUCAAACCCAGAAAUCUUCCAGAAAUUCGAUCCAGAUCUACCAAUCCUAAUCAAAACUCUCAACAAACAAUUCCCAAACGACAUUGGCCUAUUCUGUGGCUGUCUACUACUAAACUACUGCAAAUUAAACCCAGGCGAAGCCAUCUUCCUAAAAGCAAAAGACCCCCAUGCCUACAUCUCGGGUAACAUUCUUGAAUGCAUGGCUAGCAGUGACAACGUUAUCAGAGCAGGCUUCACUCCCAAAUUUAAAGACGUCAACGUCUUGGUUAAUAACUUGACCUAUAACUAUGAUUCCGUUGAAAAUCAAAAAUUAAAACCAAUCUUAAACAAUAAUAACAGAUUAAUAUUAAAUUCAAAUGAAAAUGAAAAUGAAAAUGAAAAUAACUCUCUCAAACUAUAUAAUCCUCCAAUCGAGGAAUUCGAAGUCCUAGAAAUCAAUUUAUCUCAUCCAAACCAUUCCCUAAACUUUAAAAAAUUUAACGGCCCAAGUAUCUUAAUCACAACUGAAGGCUCAGGUUUUAUUAAAAAUCUCGAAUCCAAUCAACAAUUCACUUGUAAUGCUGGCUAUAUUUAUUUCAUUUCAGCUAAUUUAGAAAUUCAAUUAAUUUCAAAUUCUUCCAAUUUUACAAGUUAUCGUGCCUUUUGCGAAUAA